AUGGCGACUACGGUUAAGCGCGAUGAGGCUGAGGGUGGCGCUACGAGGAGCCUGGAGAGAGGUCCUCCGGCCCUUUCCCCACCACCUCCCCCCCCCCUCCUCGUGCCCUCCGCCCCUGGCUCUCCGCGCAUGCCAUGGUCGCCAGGGCCUUCUGUGGUGUCGACUCUCUCACUCAGGGCGGGCACAGCAGCGGUGGAGCUGGCUCUCGUGGUCUACCACUCGCACGACCCCUUCUCAGGUGCGUCCCUCUCUGCCAUGCAGAAUGCAGGCAGCCACUCUCAGCUGCGCCCUUCUCAGCUGCGCCCUUCUCAGCUGCGCCCUUCUCAGCUGCGCCCUUCUCAGCUGCGCCCUUCUCAGCUGCGCCCUUCUCAGCUGCGCCCUUCUCAGCUGCGCCACAUUGCACCUGCUGUGUGCUGCAUCCCAACCCCCUUUCCCCUCCCCCUCUUCCCCAUGCAACCGCUCUGCUCCUCCACACUCUCCUCGCUGCUGCAGCAGUCGCCCUUCACGACAUCGCCGGCUGUCUUCCUGUCGUGGCUCGACGCGCUCUCCUUCUCGGGGGGCGGCGCUGCCAAUGCCGCCGUGGCUGAGGGCCUCUCAGAGGCGCUGCUGGUGUGCUCCUGA